AUGGACGAAAGCCGUCAGGACCAAGUGCAGCGCACGCACCAGGCCGCGGUCAGUGAAGGAUGGCACAGUCACCUGCAGACACGCGCGCUGGUGCUGAGGAUGGCAGCCACAACCACAACCACGAUCACGACCACGACCGCCUUCGCUUUCGCCGGCGUCUUCGUCGCGCUCUCCGCCGCGUGCUGCAUCGCAUCCGCGCUCACCGUCGCCGUCAUCAUCGCCCUCGUGUCAUCAAUCGCCAACGCAACCCAUCCCCCCCAGCGCAACCAGAGCACCACCCCGCCGCCACCACUCCGCGACCACACCGACACCCAGCCGCGCCACCACCACCACCACCACCAGCAGCAGCCUGACGAUGGCGUGCACGCUCCACCAACACCACGCCCUUCUCCUCCUCGCUCUCCUCAAGUCAACCGCCCCAACGAUGCUCAGCGCACGGCCAUCACGACAGCCCCUGUCGCCACACCACCACCACCACCACCAGCAGCAGCAGCACGCCUGGUGCCACCUCCCCGCGCUCUGCCUUCGCCCCCUCCAUCGCCACACUUGGGCGAGUUCAUGAUGCCCGAGCCACACCCCAUAGCACGACCACCAUCGCCACCAACACCGCCAACACCGCCAUCACCAGCGUCCCCGCGGCACUACUUGGGCCAGUUCAUGUUUUUCUACGGCGAGCCCCACAUCACCUCCUUCGAAUGA